AUGAUGGAGGAUGAAGAGCAUCGACGUUUAUCGCAAAAUUGGGGAAACGCGGGUUUUAGCAACGGGCAGCAGCAACAGCAACAGCCAUUGCCAAACAGUGCAGCGUUACCAGCUCAGCCACAGUCGCAGAACAUGGCCGGAGCGCCAUCGCAGCAAGGUGCAUCGACCUCGAGCCCGGACGCUGGGCUUUCGCAGAUGAUUCAACUAUUGCAGCAGCAAAUGAGUCAGCAACAACAGCUUAUGACGCAAAUAUUGCAAUAUCAACAGCAACCGGCAGCACAGUUGCUACAGCAUCCACAGCAGCCACAGCAUCCACAGCCUCCGCAACAAAGUUCGACACCGACAAACCCCGAGCUUAUCCUCGAAGCUUUAGCAAGCAAUAUAAGUGAAUUCCGGUAUGAUGCAGAGUCGGGAGCAACAUUUAAGGCAUGGUUUGAGCGGUAUGAAGAUCUGUUUCUACGGGACGCUUCCCGACUCGACGACGGUGCAAAAGUAAGGCUCCUAGGACGUAAGCUGGGCACCGUAGAACAUGCACGUUAUACCAGUUUUAUUUUACCCCGCGCACCCCGUGACAUGUCAUUCGAUGAGACAGUUGAAAAAUUAACGGCGCUUUUCGGCAGAAUAGAGUCUCUACUAAGCAAACGCUACAAGUGUAUGCAGAUAGCUAAAUCGUGCAAAGAAGAUCUGCUCACGUUUGCUUGCCGUGUGAAUAGGGCGUGUGUCGAUUUUGAGUUCGCUGGGAUGAAUGAGGAGCAAUUUAAGUGCCUUAUCCUGGUGUGCGGGCUUAAGGAGGAAACCGAUACCGACAUGCGCAAUCGGCUGCUUGCCCGCAUUGAGGAGAAGAAUGACGUUACAUUGGAGCAGCUAUCGGCGGAAUGCCAGCGUAUAACUAAUAUAAAGGUGGAUAGCGCGUUGAUCGCUAAUGAUCACGGAGAACGAGUGUUUGCGGUGAAAAACGGUGGCCAAAGAUCGCAUCAACAGCAGUUUUAUCGGCAGCAGUACCAACCUUUCGGUCAACAAACACAGACACAUCCCAGAGGAAACACCAUGUAUUUACAAAAGCCAACGAAUGCGUGCUGGUCGUGCGGUGGUCCCCAUUGGAAGAGAGAAUGUCCAUAUAAGUCACAUGUAUGCACGGAUUGCGGAAGAUAUGGACAUCGGGAAGGAUAUUGUGAAAGAGCAAAUCGAUUCAGCGACAGGACAACAAGAGAGGGAGCACACAAGUUGCAACGCGAGUCGUAA